AUGGAGAGGCUUGUAGUAAUGGUUCCGGUUCAAGCCCCCUCUCUGCCAACUGUGCCCACGGGAUCGUACGAGAGGUGCGAUCCAGCUUUGGGCGCCUGGCGAGUUUGGGAGCGAGCAGGUCUGGGUGACCAACCGGCUGAAGCGGUCAAGGCUUUUCGCUUCCGUGAGCCUGCGCUCUGGGCAUACUGGACCCUGGAAGUGUGCGGCACACGCACCUGCUAUACCAGCCUGUGCCACAAGGACCAGGCAGGAGAGGAGGGACAUGCGGAAGUGGCAAUCUUGAUGCUGUUGUUUUUGACCCGACAUCUGCAAACAACGCUCACACCCAGGAGGCAGCGGCUGCCGGUUUCAGAGUCCGAGGCGGAGGAGCGAGAGCUCGGGCGGCCGAUGUGCCGCAAGGCUCUUGCCGGGGCUGGGGUGCUGGCUCUUCUGGGACUGUGCGUAGUGGCGCUGCAGCGAAGCCCUGACAUCCUCUCCAAGCAUCUGGGGUCGCCCUCUGUGGUGGAGGGCGAGCUUGAGCCAAUGCGCGCCUUCCCGUUGGGACGGCGCUGGCGACAGCACCAGAAAUGGCUGCGGACGGGGUUCAGAGACGCCGCAGCUUCCGCGGAGCAGAAGGACGUCCGUGAGCAGGAGGAGGCGAAGGCGACCUGGGAAGUGAUCAACGGACAGCAGCUCAAGUUCCAGAACAAGCCGCGGGUGCGGCGGGAGUGGCGCACGCUCAGCGAGGAGAUGAAGCAAAAGGUGGCGAAAGCCUUCUGGACCGUCAAGACUCUUUCCGAGGAGGAGGGCCAGCGUAAGUAUGGCCCGAACUUCCACAACCAUGACGACAUGCUCAUGCUCCAUUCCUGCGCGACGACAGACCCUCGCUGUGACGAGGGACAUUUCGGGCCUCAGUUCAUGACCUUCCACCGGGCCCUGCUCCUGAAGUACGAGCUGGCCCUGCUCGCCGUCGAUCCCUCCAUCGAGGCCAUGCCGUAUUGGAACAUGGCCUACGACGCCGUGGGCGGGAAGUACCGGAAUGACCCGGCGAAGUACAUCUUCACCAACAACUUCUUCGGAUCCUACUACGGGGCCCCGCCAAACCACGCAGUCGUGGAUGGCCUCUUCGCCAAUUGGCCCGUGGCCCACUGGACAAGCGAGCGCUUCGGCAACAAGAGCCACCUUGCUGCGGGCAACCCGUGCAUUACCAAGGAGUACUUCCGCGGCACGAAGGCCAGUACCUGCGACCGCUGCUGCGGCGUCGCCGCCUGCGAGUGUGGGGAGGAUGACAAGCAUACCACCUUCCUGCGCGCCCACGACGACUGCACCCCGGUGGUGGCGCGGUGGCCGGAAGAUCCGGACGCAUUGGGCCCGUUAGGCGGCACCUACGAGAUUGUCUACACUGAGGAGGACUUCGACAACUGCACGGACCUGAGCCAGGUCCGGACUUGGAUGGAGUGGCAGGACUGCAUCGAGAUGAGCACCUUCAUGUGCAGCCAGCGGUUCGAGCGCAUCAGCGUGCAGCCAGGCUUCCUGGAGGUCUUCCGCAAGUUGAUCUUGCCGGAGAUGGAGACGCGCGCCGAUGCGCUGAAGCAGGACGACUAUGGCACUGGCGUGCGCAAGGCCGUCCGGGAGCUUGCAGCGGCCGCCGAGGAGGAGAGUACGAAAUCCGACGCCUUCACGCAAGUGCUGCAGGAAAUCAUGAAGACGAUGUGUGGGGACUACAUGCUCUACGGCUUCGUCCGGGAAAGGCUCCACCUCGGCAAGAAGACGUCGCCCAUCUAUCCCCACUUCUUCCACUCCCAGGCUCACAUCAAGUUCGGCAAGGACCUGCUCGAUGUGACGACCUCGCCCAAUGAGGCGGCGGCCUUUACGGGGUACCACUCGGACAUCGACCGCAGCAGCAUGACGUGGAUGCUGAAAGCCCAGGCGGCAAAUCCGGACAUGGAAAGCGCGAGCUGGCUCUAUCCACCCAACCAGGCCGUCAACCCAUUUGACGUCAAGGGCAAGUCGGAGGGCAUCGGGAAAGGCAUCUCGGGCCCAUUCGCCAUCUACGACGUCUUGGGGUGUGCGAAGGACCGGGAGACGUACUCCGAGUAUCGGGUCGGCGAGAGCCCCUGGCUGCCAGGAACCUUGCUGAACGAGGUGGUCAACAGCGGCUUCGCCUUCAAAAAUCUCUUCACCUGUGAUGCUUCUUGCCGCUGCGACGGCGGCAAGAACGGCUACACGCACUAUGACAUCCUGUAUUGGACGGCUCCACAGAGGACCCCUUACACCUACGACACCCUGGAGCACUACUACUACUGA